UCCUGGUGGCGUCAGCGCCAAAACGAACAUGGCGCUGUCGUGUCCACGUGGUCUGGAUCUCCGGGUUUAUUUUGGUCCUUGAUUUUCUUUUUCAUCAUGCGGCAAAAGAGCUUUAUCUGCUCUUUUCCAGACUGCCAGGCGGCAUACGACAAACAGUGGAAACUAGAGGCUCAUCUGUGUAAACACACCGGUGUGAGGCCAUUUGAGUGCCAGUAUGAGGGCUGCAGUAAAUCUUUCUGCACUAAAUCACAUCUUGCACGUCAUGAGCUCACACAUAGUGGCCAGAGACCCUUCAAGUGCACUGAAGAAGGAUGCUCUCAAGCUUUCACCACUAACUCCAACCUGAAGAAACACAUUUCACGGAAACACAGACUACAAGUGAAACAGUACAUUUGUUCGUUUGAGGGCUGUGGUAAAAGUUUCAAAAAGAACAACCGGCUGAAGACCCACGAAUAUACUCACAGCAAUCUGCUUCCUUAUGAAUGUUCUUAUGAGGGCUGUGAGCGACGGUUCUCAAUCCCCAGCAAACGCAAGCAACACGAGAAAGUGCACAAAGGUUACCCCUGCGAGGCUGAAGGAUGCUCAUUUAUUGGGAAGAACUGGACGGAGUUCACCAAGCACAGGAGACAUCAUCUAGUGCAGUGUGAUCAGUGUAAGAAGAUGUUCAAUGCUCAGUGGAAGCUGAAGGAACACAUGCGCGUGCACUCCGCGGAGCGGGUGGUGUUCCGCUGUCCGAAAGACAGCUGUCAGCGCUCCUACACCACCGCCUUCAACCUGCAGAGCCACAUCCUUUCCUUCCACCAGGAAGAGCGCGCCUUCACCUGCACUCAACCCGGCUGCGGAAAGACAUUCUGCAUGAAGCAAAGUUUACAGCGCCACAGUGUGGUACAUGACCCUGAGAGGAAGAAACAGUUUAAGAAGAAACCCCGUCCAAAACGAUCUCUAGCAUCUCGUCUGAGUGGCUACAAUCCUUCAAGAAACCGUCCAGUGGAAGCCUCCAAGCCUGCUAAAUCUACAUGUGUAGCGACCAACCAAUCAGAACAAUUCAAAGAAAACAAUGAUCAAGUGGUGGGCUUAUUGCAGCCUGUCAAUGAGGACAGUCAUGUUGAUUCAUCGGAAUACACAGUGACCUCAACAAACCCACUCACAUCUGCCAGUGCUGAAAUCACCCAGUCAUGGACACACAAGACUGAAGAGGCUGAAAUAAGCCAAUCAGAAUCCCUCAACUCAGACAGUGUAAUUACUCUCAUAUUAGAACCCCUUGUGUUGGACAGUCCAGCACACAGCCAGAUGGAACCCAGUGAAAUUGAGAAUACAGUGACCAUCCAGUCAGAACCCAUUGACAUAGAAAAAACAGAGACCAUCCAGUCCGACUCUACUGAAUUUGCGAAUACAGUGAUCAGCCAGUCAGAACCCAUUAUAUUUGAGAAUACAAUUGUCAGCCAAUCAGAACUCAGCAACUUUGAGAAUACAGUGAUUAGUCAGUCAGAACCAACUGAAUUUGAGAAAACAGUGACCAUCCAGUAGGAACCCACAGAAUUUGAGAAUUCUGUCAUCAACCAAUCAAAAGCCCACAAAUCUGACAGCAUAUUCUAACCAUUCUAACAGCCUGAUAAUCAUGCAGUCAGAUGCCAGUGUAUCUACGAAGGUGGAGUCCACUCUGCCAGAGCCUUUUAGACUAGUAUACACACUUGAUGAUGGUUCUUUUAGGGUUCUGUAGUAAAAUGGUUCUAUAAGGAGCCAUUAACUCUCAAAGAAUCCUUAGUAUGAUUAAAGGGUACUUCAGAUUCAGAGAAUCUUUACAGAACCUUUUUGAAAAGGUGUCUAUAUAGUAUCAAAAGGGGUUCUUUGAUUGUUCAUGGUUCUAUAUAGAACUGUUUUCUUUAUUAAAGUUCCUUUGAAGAACCAACAUUUUUAAGAGUAUACAUUAUCCAGGUCAUAUAUUUCUGAAGAUCGUCAUGGUAACAACAUCCAGGCCCUUAUCACAGGCCGCCUGGUCACUGUGGAGACUAACGUCAGCAGGUGUUUCGAGUAAACUGUAGUAAAUAAGAAUAUCUUGUUUACUUUUGGUCAUCAUGGAUAGAUGAUGCUCAUUUGAAGCUGACCUGAAUGUAAACAGUUCCUCUAGAAAUUCCUGAAAUGCAGCUGCAGAAUUCAGACAUGAGCACAAACAAGUUUGCCACUGCAUUUUAGAUAAUGGAGUUUAACCGUUCAGUAGUCACGCCAAAAAAAAAAAAAAAAAAAAAGAAAGAAAUUCCUAAGAAACAUUAAUUUGAUUUGAAAUAA